AUGGCGUCUUCAGCGCCAAGUGGCGAGGCCGCUGCGAGCCCGACACUCGAGUCCAUUCCUGCUCCUGUUCAGGACAUGGCCGCGUUGGACGUCAAGGAUCCGGUCACCGAGGCCGUCACCGAAGCCAUCGCCCCCGAGACCGAGGCUGCUGAGGUGCCGCCUCACCGAUCGCAUGAUCCCACAAACAACUUGAAGCGGAGUGAUCCCUUCCAGUUUGGUAGCCGGUAUCUGAGCGAAGGAGACGAUGUCUUCGAGUUCAAUGCCUGGGAUCACGUUGAGACUGACGAUGCGUACAAGGAGUAUGCAGAGCAGCAAUACGCAAAACAGCGUCAAAACCCUGUCUCGGACUUUGAGAAGAGAAAAUUUAGUCAGGACCCCGCUAGAUGGUGGAACUUGUUCUAUAAGAACAAUGCCGCCAAUUUCUUCAAGAAUCGAAAAUGGCUUCAGCAGGAAUUUCCUGUUCUAGCCGAGGUAACCAAGGAAGAUGCUGGCCCCAAGCUUCUCUUGGAGAUUGGUGCCGGAGCUGGUAACACGGCUUUCCCAGUCUUGGCCGAGAAUAAGAACCCGCAACUGAAGAUCCAUGCCUGCGACUACUCAAAGACUGCCGUAGAGGUCAUUCGCAAGAAUGAAGCGUACAAUACCGACUUCAUCCAGGCUGACGUAUGGGACGUCGCUAGUGAUAGCCUACCGCCUGGACUCGAAGAAGGUUCCGUAGAUGUCGCCGUGCUUAUUUUUAUCUUCUCUGCUUUGUCACCUGAUCAAUGGGCCAAGGCCGUUGAUAACGUUUACCGAGUUCUCAAGCCGGGUGGCCUGGUCUGCUUCCGAGACUAUGGAAGAGGAGAUCUGGCUCAGGUUCGGUUCCGCAAGGGUCGAUAUCUGGAUGAAAACUUUUACAUUCGAGGCGACGGCACCCGUGUCUACUUCUUUGACAAGGAUCAACUUUCGGAUAUCUGGACAGGCAAUAAUGCCAAUGAAGAGACCCCAGCAGCCUUGGAAGGUGGCAGCGAUACCCCUGAAGGAACAGAUGCCACUCAGAGCACAGACGCAGAGGAAGCCAAGACAGAAAUACCCCGAUUCGAGGUGGAAAACCUUGGUGUUGAUCGACGAUUGCUGGUCAACAGAGCCUCAAAGCUCAAAAUGUAUAGAUGCUGGUUACAGGGUAGAUUCAGAAAGAAAUAG